CCCCACCCCCACCAUGGAGUCCAAAGGGAUUUAGUCGGAAGUUCGUUCUCACCUGUGGAUUUAAGCAAGGGUGAAGCGUUAAAAAGGUGGUUUUGUAUUCAGUUCCGCGAGUUUUCAACCUCUUUUCUGUCGCUAGUAAUUUGUACUUUCAUUUUUUUCACUGGGAUUUUUGACUUGUCGUGGCUAUCAUGCAUCUUGUGUGACAGCUAAUCCGGCGAUUAGGUGCGCCGUCUCACCGACUGACUGGGAGAGUCUGGCAAAAGAGGGAUGACGGAGUACAAGCUGGUGGUGGUGGGGGCAGGGGGCGUGGGCAAGAGCGCUCUCACCAUCCAGCUGAUCCAGAACCACUUUGUGGACGAGUACGACCCCACCAUCGAGGACUCGUACCGCAAGCAGGUGGUUAUCGACGGCGAGACCUGUCUGCUGGAUAUCCUGGACACGGCGGGCCAGGAGGAGUACAGCGCCAUGCGGGACCAGUACAUGCGCACGGGGGAAGGCUUCCUCUGCGUCUUCGCCCUCAACAACAGCAAGUCUUUCGAGGACGUCCACUUGUACAGGGAGCAGAUCAACCGCGUGAAGGACAGCGACAACGUGCCCAUGGUGCUGGUGGGCAACAAGAGCGACCUGGGCUGCCGCAGCGUGGACACGAAGCAGGCGCAGGAGUUGGCGCGGAGCUACGGCGUACCCUUUGUCGAGACCUCCGCCAAGACCCGCCAGGGCGUGGAGGAGGCCUUCUACUCUCUGGUACGCGAGAUCAGGAGGUACAAGGAGACGAACCGCAGCAACAAGAAGAGCAGGAAGAGCACACCGAGGCGCUGUGCGUUGCUAUAGCAAUGGCCCAUCUGCCCCACUCGCUGUCCUUUCCCGUCUCUUCCGUUCCUGUUAUAUAACGGCGUGUCUCCAGUCUAAGCGUUGUUUCGGUGUUCGCAGGCAUUUGUUGAGUGGACCACAGAACUGUGGUGUAAGGGACCACCCCCCCAUAUAAGUGAGUGAGAGAGAGCACACUUCUCCCUGGAGGUGGUUCUUCUCACACCUAACUUGACAAAAGUUGCCAUUGGGGGCACUGUGAUGUUGACUUUGUGUCCACUGCUGUCCAGGUUGGACCAUCAACAGGACAGACUCGUAAGUGGGAGGUUUUUACGGAAUAAAGCU